UGUACUCCAAUAUCAACUCUCUAUACAUUGUCCAUCGAGCCCUUCUCAGCCCUACGAUCCUUGUAAUUCGCCAGCGUAGAUACUCGUAUCGCAGCCGUAGAUCUCUCGUAGUCGAGACAUCGAAGAGAGAGGUCCCCCAAGAACACCACUCCCUUUUCUCACUGCUCUUCCCCGCUUCGCUUCCCUCCUUUUCCCCUCAUUUCAAAACCCUAGCAACUCAAAACACUAGAAAUUCUCGUCCUCCUCCCCUUAUUUCUCUCUCUCUCUCUCUCUUUUUUAUCGACUUAAUAUUUUCUUCUCGGUUCUCCGAUCCCUAGAACGCUGAAUCACUCCCUGCCAGACCCCGUGCCCUAAAUCCCUCGAUUCGGGCUGGCUUGGUUAGAAAUACCCCAAUUUGGUGCGAGGGAUUCGUUAUUUCUUCUUCACGAUUCGUUUUCGGGAUUGGGAUGGGUAUUUGAGUCGAAAAUUUGAAAAACCCGUCCGUUGCGCGGUUUGUCCUCGGUUUUUUUCCUCAAAACUAGGGCAUCCCCGAACAGGGGAUAGCUCGCAUUUUUUAGGCCUUCUUCAACCGUUUGAGGAAUUGGGCAUAAAUUUCUUAGCUUGGGCUUAAUAGGUUUACUUCUCCAUUCGUUUGUUGAAUUGGGUGGUGUUUUGUGGAAGCUACAUGCUCUGCACUCUGGGGUAGGGAGCCGAAUGCUGAGGUCGUCAGCUUUUUGAGUAGCUUUCGAGCUUUGUAUUAAUUUCAGCCGGGUUUGUUAGUAACUUUGGAGUGUUGAAUUGCUCGCUGGUGUUUGGUUCUGAGUUUGUGAUUCGGCAUUGGAGGUGGUGGCAUGAGCAGGGGAGGAGUGAGUGGAUUAUUGGACGGGAGAUGAGCGGACAUGAGUAGGUUGUCGUUCAGGCCUCGUCCCCUUGACAUCCACAAGAAGCUCCCAAUCCUCAAAUCUGUCCAGGACUUUGAGGACGAUGAGGCACCGAGCACUGCUGCGUCUACCCGCAACUCCCAGUUGCUCCGGCUUUCCACUGAAGCUGACAAUGAGGUGCACCAGAAUUCUAUCAAGAAAAGUUCCUCCGAGAUACCUACUCCACAAUUCAAGGUGGUAAAUACAUACGAAAGAGACUACUCUCGCACUUUCACACAGCCUCCAUCAUAUUUACGUGGAAGAGGAGCCAGGGUGGAGAACUGGGAGUUUGUUGAUUAUGACCUGGACAAUGAGGAUGAAGAUUGGCUUCAACAGUUCAACAAUGAAAAGAAAAUCCUUGCACCUGAAAGGUUUGAGAUUUUAUUGUUUAAAUUGGAGGUUUUGGAUCAUAAAACUCGAGAAAGAGCAGGAAUCAUGGCUCCUACUUUUGGUUCUCCCGUUCCUGUUCUUUUACAGCUAGAUUCUGCGGCUGAGAGCUUGCAAGCCCAGUCUGUAAGAUUUGCAGUUCUCCGGUCUGUAUACAAUUAUUGGAGAGCAAAGCGAGAGCGAUGGCAAAAACCUAUUCUGCGGCACUUGCAGGAAUCCACUUUUCUCAUCAUCAUUUUUGUGCUUCUGCAGCCUCCUCCACCAGUUAAUGAUACAAAUCCAUACAAUGUAUUUAGACCAAGGGAAAAAGCUCACCGGCUUCAUGCAAGAAGGAUGCAAAGGCGGGAGAACAAUGUGCAAUCCUUUGAAAAACUUCGCCGGGUCAGGUGCAACUUGGAUCAUGCAAGGACAGUAUUGGAGGCUUUGAUUGAGAGGGAAGAGAAGAAGCAAGAGGUCAUGGAGAGUGAGGUCAGCCUUCAAAGGAUUCAAAUCAAAUAUAAGCAUGAGGUACAAAUUGUUGAAGAUGGAUUAGCAUUAUCUGGCUUCCUGCCAAAUUCAUGCAAAUUUGGAUCAAGCGAGGAUGACUUUAUGGACUCCGAUGACACCACAAAUGGUCACCGACAUGCUCGGUCAGCUGAAGUGCAGAAUCCACCCUUCACCGGUUCCAGGCUGAUUGUGAUCCCUACAGGACGAAUGAAGCGAGAAAUGAGACGAAGACCUUUACUGCAUGGAUGGCUUCACAAGAAGGACCCAGAUGAGCCUGUUAUGCUAUUCACAAGACCUCUUGAUCGAGAUAAGUUGGCUGCUGCCAGCAUUGUGCAGCCUCCGGAUCCACCUGUAGAGAACGGUUCAGUUGCACCAUCUUACCGCUACAAAGGGAGGAUGGGUCGAGGAGGGAGGAUAAUCUUUGACCGAUGGAAUCCACGCCUCCAAGCACCAAUUGGCAAUGAAGUCACCCCUCAUGUCCCACCAAACAAUAGACCUCCCCAACCAAAUGGUUGAGUCAGUGUUCAGCCAUGUAUCAUUUCUAUUCUUCAGCUGCAGGGUUGACUCAUUUGAGAAGGAUACUGGCAGAAAGAGUCCCAUUUGGCUUCUGAGAUGACUCAGCGGCAGGGCCUGGAGAACUUGAGGUAUAAGAUUGUCUUCAAGGUCAUGCUGGGGCAUUUUUGCAGGGACACGAAGGCUUGGCAUGGGUUUGGUCAGCAUAUUUGCAUGACUCUAGCAAGUUUGUUUUUUAAUGCAGGUCAUGCCGAUUCCACUGGCCUCCACACCAUUGUACAAUUAUUCACAUCAUGGGCGAAAAACCACAGCAUUAUUUAUCAAAAAAAAAAAUCUCCCAUUUUUGGGUUAUUAUAGCUGCAAUUCAAUAUCAUGCCAUGUUCAGCGACCUUCAUUGGCCUCCACACCAUUGUACAAUUUUUCACGUCAUGUGGGAAAAGCCGCAACAAUAUUUAUCCAGCAAUUCUCCCAUUUUUGGGUUAUUACAGUUGAAAUUCAAUAUCAUGCUCAUUAUUGUUUAAAUUAUGUUCAUCCUCCCUCAUCUUCUCUAUUCAUGGAUUCACCUCUGAUCAGAAAACCAGCACAGGGAGUGAUUUAUGGUAAAGAAGAAGUGCCAUCUGAGGGACCCACCUGCCAAUAAAAACAGAGGAUGUUGUAUUUUCUUUUUAUUUCACAAUAUAUAUUGCCUUGUAACA